AUGACCCUAGAGGACAUGGCUAUGAUAAGCGGUCUUCCUAUCGACGGACAAGCUGUUACCGGUCGUGUCAGCGUCGUUAAUUGGCGAGAACGGACAGGCAUUUUAAUUGGUGUUCAGCCCGACGACCCUCAAGAAGGCAAGGCCGAUACCGCGAGAGUGAGGCAUUCUUGGCUAAAACUAGUCAGAGGAGACACCAAUCCGUGCCCUCAGGGUGCCAAUGACGUGGUUGUGCAACAGUACGCGCGGGCCUAUCUUUGGUAUGUACUAACCAAGGUAGUCUUCUCAAAUGCAAUCGGGAACUCAGCCCUCUGGAUGUUCUUGGAGCUACUCAAUAACUGGGAUACCCAGUAUAGCUGGGGUUCGGCCGCACUAGCAUAUUUGUAUCGUCAGCUUGACUUGGCGUGUCGGAGGAAGGGAGAUACAUCCUCAUUGUCUGGGUUUGUUUGGAGCCUAUCCGUGUGGAUGUGGGAGCGGAUCCCGGUUGGACGGCCCGAUUUCAAGAACCCCCUCAUGGCAAACCCACGGGGUAAUCAUGACGGGUUGCAUGAUGAUGAUCCAUAUCGGCGCCCUACGCUUGCUUACUAUUGGGAACAAGUAACAGUCUACACAGGAAGCUCGCAUGUGCGAUACAAGUGCUAUAUGAACGAGCUGGACACCUUGACUGCUGAGCAGGUAUAUUGGUUGCCUUAUGUGGAAGAUCGUGACUUUGAUCUUAAUGAGAUGUGCACGCGUGAUAGCCAUCUUUGGCGGGCGAGGUGCCCAAUGAUAUGCUUCUUCGCAGUCGAGUGGCACUUUGUAGACCGUGUGGCAGGACAAUUUGGAAGAAGACAAGGUAUUCCAAUUGAGGAGAGCAAGGAGGAAAUGUUAUCUCUGCAUCGGUUCGAUCGAAGGAACAAUCAGGAUAUAUCGGAUUGGGCAAACAAACACCGUGCGUGGAUAGAAAUUUGGAAUCAAAAAGACACGUUAGUGCAAUCAGAGAAUAGACCUCACAAUCAGUCAGCAUAUCAGAAGUAUCAAGUGUGGUAUGCGGAUCGUUACCGGUUGAAGCUGAAGCCUGGUUGGACUCAUGAGGAGUGGUCGGAGUUGGUGUCUGAAGACCCGGAGACUGCACAAGGUUACCAAACCUUCAACACGGCUGGCAGAGAGUUGCUUCUGUGCGUCAACGAUGCCAAUGUUGCACUGAGUCAUCCACCUGGUGGUGCAUUAUCUGAGAGGACUCUUAGGAGCACGAUGGAGAAGUUCAAGAAGCGGUUCCAUAAGAUGGCAGCUAUGCUUUCUUGCCAUGGUGCUCAGUCCAGCGACGUGUAUGCACCUGGUAGCCGCGCCGCCAGAGCUAAUAAACGGCAUUAUGUCCAGAACGAAGAGGACAUAAAGGAGGAGGUCAAUGAAGAGGAGCCAGCACAUCAAGAGGAGCCAACACAUUAUGAUGAGCAUUAG